CUGUGGCCCUCUUGUGAAGCUGCUUGUUUGUGUCGCUUCCUCUACGUUUUUCUCUCUCUCUCUCUCUCUCAUUCUGUCUUGUUCUUUUCUUCGUUCCCUCGUUCCCUCCCUCUCGGUCGGACCCGCCCUGCCCAACCCUGGGUGCAGGAAGCACAAACUCUCCCCUCCGGCCUUUCGCCAGCAAUCAUGGCUGCUGCAGGGGGACCAGGUGCCCGUCGGGGCCCCUUCGCCCUGGGCAGAGCCGCUCGGCACUCGCUGGACAAGACCCUGCAGGGGCUGGAGAAGCUCCAGCGGCUGGUGGAGCAGCCGGGGCUGGGGCUGAGGAACAGCCCCCCCCUGCUGCCCCAGCUCCUGCCCCAGACGCGCCAGCACCUGCUGCUGAUCCGAGGCCAGCCUGGGACCAGCCUGAGCUGCCUCUGGGAGGCCAGCUACUUCCCCGUCUACAUCAACAAUUUGCAGUGCAAGGUCAAGCAGGCCACCAAGCUCUUCAAGGGAGACCCGGAGGGAAUUUUCCAGGAGGGGUCGGCCUCCAGGAGGAAGCUGACCAAGCUGUCGCUGAUCUUCAGCCACAUGCUGGGGGAGCUCCGGGCCCUGAUCCCCAACGGGCAGGACCAGGGGCACCAGUACCGGCCCAGCCAGCUGCCUGCCGAGGCUUUCUGGAGAGGGACAUGGGGGGCACGGAGCCUGGUGCCGUGGAGCGAGUUCCAGGUGGGGCUGCAGCAGGUUCACCCCGUGGCGCCUGGCCCCAUGGCCGCAGCCCUGAGAGCCACCAUGGACCUGACCUGCAGUGACCACGUGUCCAUCUUUGAGUUCGACAUCUUCACCCGCCUCUUCCAGCCCUGGCCCACACUGCUGAAGAACUGGACGCACCUGGCAGUGACGCACCCGGGCUAUGUGGCCUUCCUGACCUACGACGAAGUGAGGGCGCGGCUGCAAACCUAUUCUAACAAGCCAGGCAGCUAUGUGUUUCGGCUCAGCUGCACGCGGCUGGGGCAAUGGGCUAUUGGCUACGUGAGCCGGGACGGCAGCAUCCUUCAGACCAUCCCCCAGGACAGACCCCUCUUCCUGGCGCUGAUCGAGGGGCACAAGGAGGGCUUUUACCUGUAUCCGGACGGGAAGAAUGUGAAUCCGGACCUGACGGAGCUGACAGAACCAACGCCUCAGAACCGGAUCGAGGUCUCACCGGACCAAGCCCAGCUCUACUCCCAGAUGGGAUCCACUUUCCAGCUCUGUAAAAUCUGCGCCGAGAACGACAAGGACGUUCGGAUCCAGCCAUGCGGGCACCUGUUGUGCGGGGGCUGCCUGAACGCCUGGCAGCAAACCCAGGCCCCGACCUGCCCCUUCUGCCGCCGGGAGAUCCUGGGGCGCGAGGAGAUUCGCAUCGACCCCAUCGGCGGGCGUGGGGCGGGGGCGGCUCCGGACGAGGACGACGACGACCUGGAGGAUGUGGAGUCAGUGCUGCAGGAGCUGGCGGCCCUGAGGAAGGCAGGGCAUCCUGCGUUCCCCGCCUGUCCGGACCCUGAGCUGCCUGGUCCCCCCGUUCCCCCCCGGCUGGACCUGCUUCAGCCCAGGGACCCGGACCCCACGCCCCAGGACCUCCCACUGCCCCCCUUGGGCCACCCCAGUGACUGGAUCCGGCAUCGGCCUCUGCCUCCCAGGCCCUGGAGGCCCCCUGCCCCUCCCCUCUCCCAGGGGCCUGAGGAGCCCAGCUGAUCGGGGGCAGGUGGGGGGGGUUGACAGUGCCAGAGACACACUCUACCUUCAACCCCACGGACCCAGGUGACCAGAGAACCCAGGCAUCCGGGUGGCUUCAGCUCAGCUCCCCCCACAGCACAGCCAGG